AAAAAGGGACAAUAGAACUGGUUAAAGGUCGCUUCUUUACUCGAACUUGAUCGAAUUUUCUUAUUUUUUACCUAUCUUUGGACUAGUUUAAAUAAGCAAAAACCUUAACAAGUUUCAAGACUGACCUGUUGAUCAAGUUGUUGUGAUGUUUUUGUACAGGUAAUGAGGAAGCUGUCUUUUUCUUAACAUGGAUCCGCGAUCCCACAAAGCAGCGGUAAUUAUACUGUUACUAGGACUGUUGUGCGCAUGUCAAGUGAUUUUCACUGAGAGUGCUGAUGGUGAGUCAACCAAACAAAGUGUACUCAGUGAUGCCACGGACAAGAGUGACGUCACAAACCCACGUGAGCUGUUCAGCCAAGACCCCCAGGCGUUCCAAGACCUACAGCAGACGCUUGACUACCAGGCGAGCCAGCUUAGUGAGUACCCAGUGGAAGAGUAUGACCAGGUACCUGGCAAAAUGGUACCAGAUGCCGAGAAUUACUUAAACAAGUGGCAACAUGGGGAGUUACUCCCCCAAAAGGACUUCAAAAAUUUGAUGCAAGAGGACAUGAGCCCGAUGAAAAUGAUAAAUGGAGGACUAAGCGACUUUACUGGAGCGAUGGAUAGCGAGGGAGGAGCAAGCGAGGGAUCAGGCGAGGAAGAUGAGGAGGUUAAUAAGAGAAGCAAAUUUGGCGACAGUGUCCAAGGAGUUACAGAGAGAGAACACACAGACUUGUUAACAAGGGUGUUAAACCAACCGAAAAAAUUGCAGUCGAGAAUGCUUAUUGCUAAAGUCGACUCACACGAGAAUGAUUCAACCGAGGGUGAAGGAUCAAAUAGGGAUGCUACUUCCGGUUCAGGGUCUGGUACUUCCGGUUCAGUGUCUGGUUCCGCUUCAGGAGAGCCCUCGGUUGAUAUGGACGAGCUUGAAAAGAUUGUUAACAUUGAGAGAAAGAAGAAGUUCAAGUUAAAUCAUACAGCAGAUAUUUUUUCCACGAAUACUCAAGGUUAUCCGUAUCAGAUGCCAUAUUCAGCGGCACAUCAAGUACCAUAUGGCAUAACAACCUACCAGGCACCGUACAGCGGUAAUACGUAUCAGCACGGCGAACAGACGAGGUAUCCAGUACAAGAUACCUCACAAUCAAAUACAGCUCAGGUAUAUCAGCAAUUUCAGGGCAAUAACGUCUCUCCACCGAACCCAAAUCAAUCGUACCAGGAUAAUAGCCAGCUGGACCAGGCUGCUAGCCAGCCAUUCCAGGACGCUAACCAGUCAAACCGGGAUACAAAUCAGUCCUACCAGGAAGACAACCAGUCAAACCAGAAUGCUAGCCAGUCGUACCAGGAAGCCAACCAGUCAAACCAGAAUGCUAUCCAGUCGUAUCAGGAAGCCAACCAGUCAAACCGGGAUUCAAACCAGUCGAACCAGGAUACUAGCCAAACGUUCCAGAAUGCUAGCCUGUCAAAGAACCAAAGUUUAGACCAAGAGUAUAACACUUCAAAUGAGGAAGAUGAGAGCUCAUUAGAAUCACCUACAAACCCUGCAUAUCUGCAGGACGGGUCAGGAGAUGACGAAAAGACUUUUACACUGUCAGCCACAGACCAGGCAUACCAGCAAAGCGCGUAUGUCGCCGCGACACCUUCGACACUUCUGCAAUCGGCCGAGUACAAUAACCCUAAUGCUGGCCAGUCCCUAAAUAAUUCCGGUAACACUCCUGCCUAUUAUACACAAUACACAAGCUACUUAGCGAAUCAAGAAAGUUCCGGCAGUAGCAAUAAGUACUAUGGAAACUCUUCUAAAAGAGACUUUAUCACCCAUCAUCUGGAAAGACUCUCUUGGAACGGCGAUGACCCGUUCGGUGAUGAGAAUACCAAGAAUGUGGACCACGUGACAAGGGAUACAAAACACUUGCAUAAGCGAUGGGCUGGUUCUGAAAUAGAUGAAGGUAAAGAAAUAGACGAAGGUAAAACCGAGGAACACAAAAGUAAGCGCUCUGUCGUGCCUGAGUAUGACGUCAUGGGGUCCAGCUCUUUUCCGACAUACGCAAAAGAACAAAAGAAAUUAAAGGACACUGGGUUUAAAAGAAAUGGUGUCCUGGAGCCGAUAAGUUUACUGGAGGACAGACCUUCCAUCAAUGAGAGAGAGGUGAUAGCCACCCAUCCGGCCGAUGGGAAUGACAAUGGGACAUCAGCUGCCAACACCUCCACAGAAAUGCAUCAAAAGAUCAAGGCUUCUACAGCACCAGUUGAUGGAGGCUUCACACAAUGGACCAAAUGGUCCGAAUGCUCCGAAACAUGUGGGUCCGACAGCAUUCAAAUGCGCAUGCGCGUCUGUACCAAUCCACCUCCGUCUAACGGCGGCAAGGACUGCCAAGGAUGGCGCUUUGAAGUCAAGUACUGCAACCUUACAAAAUGCCCAGGCGUUGCUAAAAAGGAAGCAACCGACGAUGACCUCACCUCAAGUGACUCGGGAAAGGCCAACUUAGUGGGCAAUCAGAAUGGGGCCAGUAGCAGGAUACAAGGCGAAGAUCGCGGAAAAGAAGGAAAAUAUUUACAACAAACUUUGGAUACGGGAAAGCAAGGUGGGAUUGCGGAGCAAACUGCUGUCACUGAGAAGGCAAAGCCCGGACCAACUGAAAAGGGGGAGACGAAUAAGCCACCGAUGACUACUACAUCGAAAGUUGGCGAACCCGAAGACAGUAGUACGGCAAAGAAUAAUGUGCAGUCUGAUAGGACAACCGAGACGGGGAUGAUAGCAGAACAAACGCCCAUGAGAGAAGAGGGCAAGAAAUCCGGAGAAACGGAAGAGGAAGAAAAGAUAGAGGAAACUGAGCCAGAGAAGCCGCCUAUAUUAGAUGCCACCAACAACGAUGAAGCCUUUGAUCCAUAUGGAACACUACGAGAUGCCAAAGAGGAUAACAAUGAUUCAAGUCUACUUGCACCGCAAAAUACUGUUACACAGACGGCAGAAGGUACAGGGAAGACAGAAAAUGGAAUGCCGAAAAAAUCGCUUGAAUCGGGCUCGAGUUCUGAUGGUUCUACGGAGAUAAUAGCAGAAGUGGUUACCCCAACACAUGACGCUGAGCAAAUGGAAAACAAAGAAAAGCUUAAAAGUACACAGAUAGGUAGUGACGCCAUAAACUCUAGUCAAGUUGCCGAAAAAAUGUUCAAAGAAGUGAUCCAUAAUUCCUUCCAAGAAAAUUCCAAUAAAAUGACAAAGGAGCCCAUUGUAGUCCGAACUAGCACAGGAAGAACCCUGAAUGAAAAUAAUCAGCGUAAGAACUUUACACAGGUGGACUCCGAACAUGUACUCAUGUUAGCUGACAGCGACAAGAUAAACGCUACGGAGUCCCAUGUGACAGAAGUUGACAGCGGUAACAAGAUAAGCAGUACGCCAUCCCAUGCGGAGGACGAACCUGUCUAUCAAGCUCACACUGGUAAAAACCUCUUCAAAUCGCCUGAUAAGAUCAACUACGAUAUCAUUCUUAGUACUCAUGAAAGCGAAGACAAUGGCGCUGAGCCAAUCAAUGAUGUCGAUAUUGAUAAUGAUUACAAAGACGUUGUGGUACAGAAUACACCCGGAAAUUCUCCUUUGGGCUGGGAAGAUGUUAUAGGAUCUGAUGAUGAUAACAACUCUGUUGACUCUAUUAAUGAAGGUAAGAACGAAGUGGAAGCAGACAAACCGAAAAACAAACUGGAGCAGAAUAAUUCUAAAAAUCAAACCAAAGCACUUGAUGAGUCGCUUGAAGACAAGCUGAAGAGGAUAAAAGAAGGAAAGCAGAUUGAUCUGCAGCAAAAUCUCAUAUUGAAAGAUGUUGGCAAAGCAGAAAAUAAGACGUUCAUUGUGGACCUCAUCAAAAUUGGAGACAACAUUGGAAAGGUUAAUGAAAAUAAAACCGAAAAUAAUACACGCAAAAGUCCUAAUCAGGAAGGUACUGAGCAAGUAGACGAAUCAACGGUCAUCCAUAUCGACUCUGGAAAAAAACAGCCACGGGAAGAGCGCGACAAAAAGAAGGAUUAUAAAGCCGUGCUGGUAACACCUUGGAAAGUGAAAAAGGCCUAUGGGCAGAUUGAGGUAGGCAUGCCAAAGAUUUCAUGCCCAUCUGACAAUGAACCAGUAACGGAAACCAUUGACAGUGUUAAAGAAGAGGACUCAAAAGCGACAAUUAAUUGCAUAAGAAACAAUAAUACUUACAUAAAGCAAUCUGUGGAGGGAAAUAAUUCCUUUAGCCUUGAUGCCUCUUCUUCUGAGAACGUCCGCAAAGAAGGUGACAAAGAUGUUGUUAUCAGUUAUAGUGAUAAUAUGAAUAAUUCAAAAGCGGCCAACACAGACCAAUUUGGGAUACCAGGUUCAGAUUCUAAGACAGGGUCAGAUAGUAAAGUACACGCAAAGGCAUCGGGGCAGACAAGCAAUGCAAUGGACACGAGUAACAGUGACACAGGGGAAACGUCCAGUCACGCUAUUGGUUCUGAGCAAAUUGGGUUACCAGGUUCAGAUUCUCGGACAGGGCCACAUACAGUGCAGGCGAAAGCAUCGGAGCAGAAAAGCAUUGCGAUGGACACGAGUAACAGUAAUUACAACAAUAGCAGCAUCGAGAUGACUAAUGGACAUCAAACAGGGGUGAACAGUACAAGCAAGACUGAAACAGCUACAGAACAAGGAAACAAUUCUAUGGAUACAAGUAACAACGACAACACUAGCCCAAGUAACAACCUUCUGAACACAGAGAGUAAGACUAAGGAAUCCACUGAUGAAGAACCAUCGCACAUUGCAGCCAGUGCCCUCUAUGGCAUAGAUCGGGCAGAUGAAAAACAUAACAAGAAUAAAAGCAAGAACUCUAAAAAUCUUGACUGGAGUAAUAUCGACGCACUGAAUGCUCUAGUGGGAAUUCUUGUUGAGCAACAAAAGAAAAGUGCCCGUCAUAAUAUACAUAAAGUUGAUCAAACUAAAGACAAUGAUGGGAGCCAAUCUGCUUUGAAACUGUUAAUGUCAAUAAGCGAUAAUCUUGCAAGGCAGUUGCAACAUGGAAAGGCAAAAAUAAAGAAUGUUCAAAGCCAAAUGGAACCCAGUAACUCCUCAAAAGUGGAAAAUAAAAAUUUAAUGGAGCUAAAGACACAAGAAGACGCAAGAAAGGCAGAGUCACGCAAGGAAAACACAGCAAGUGUUUCUAGCAACCAUGGCAUAUUUCAACCUGCAUCUUCAGAUUCGCAGUCAUUAAGAAAACAAAGACAAAAUAAUAAGGAUACUCUCUAUCACUUCGUUCUAAAUCUAAACACUGACGGACUGCUUCAAAAUCAGAGGCCGCAUUCAAAAAUGAAUAGAAGUGAUCAGCAAAAGAAAGAAGAACCUACUGCCAGUGACACAUCUUAUUCUUUUGGCGUCACCAAGAAUGGUAACCAUGGUGACACCAAUAAAACCGAGAUAGCUUCACCAAGUAUAGAAACAGACGUCAAUGGGGCAGCUAGUUUAAGUAAAGAACCUCAACUCAAUUCUAAGAAGCUGCCAAGCGGAAAAGAGUACUCAGAUCACGCAGUCCAAGAAGUGGAGAAUCCAGAGAGCCAAUUAGGUGAUGUGGAAACAAAAACAAAGCCUAUAAAAACACAAAAAUCUCAACAAUUAAUGCAGGUACCCCAAAUAAUCAUAAAGGCAGGCCAAAACGAAGAGAAGGGAAAAAGCAAUUAUUCUGCUUCUCAUGCAUUACGCGAAGGUAUCUCAGAGACAAAUUCUUAUAAUACCUUACGACAUGAGAAUGCCAAAGUCCGUCUAAACGAAACACAAUCUAAAAAACCAUUUGAGAAAAUGCUUGCAAAGUUCAACCUCUUUCUAACAGCUCUUGUCGACAAGGAAGGUACGAACGCAACGCAUAAUGAUACUAAGAAAGAUUCAGCAAACAACGCCGGUGUUAAAGGACAAGAUAUAGGUCCUGUUGGCAAAGAAACAAAGCCCAAUGCUCUCACCGCGAAUAAUCCAGAAGGCAAACAAAAUACUGCAAGCGAAUCAGGAUCCCACGUAGCGGCCUCUAGAGACAUUGUGACAUCUACAAAGGACUCAGAGCCGUACCAGAAAGAGGUUAAGAAGUAUUCUGAAACGGGCAUGACGCCUUGGUCAGAAUGGUCAUCUUGUAGUAAGACAUGUGGGACUGGUGUGCACAUGCGCACUAGGUGGUGCAAAGAUGAUGCGUUGGAAUGUAAUGGCGUCACGCUGGAGAAAAGGGAAUGCCUUGUUAAGAGUUGUUCAGAUGAUAGCACCGACAUGUCUGAAUGGGGGCCAUGGAGCCAAUGCACGGCUACUUGCGGUAAAAACAGCGUGAGAGCCCGAGCCCGGGACUGUAUGAGACCUGUAGGUGACAAACCGUGCAUUGGAAAGAAGGAAGAGAAAGAGAAUUGCAGCGUCCCACCAUGUGUAGAUUACGAAAUUGCAGGAAAAAUAGGUGAACAGACGGUGCUUGAAAGCAGGAUCCAGGAAAGAGAUAAGAAGCUGUGGACGGCUUGGAGCACGUGGUCUAGAUGCACGACAACAUGCGGCGGGGGAUUCAUGAAGCGAGAGAGGUCCUGCCUUCCCGGGCAAAAGUGCAAAGGGCCGCGCUACGACACAAGGGAUUGUGAGACAGAGCCUUGUCCAGUCAAUGGUGGGUACACGUCGUGGUCAGAGUGGUCACCCUGUACACCUUCAUGCGGCCCGCGAGCGUUCAAGAUGCGUCAGCGGACAUGCACUAACCCGCCGCCAAGAAACGGGGGACUCAAAUGCUUCGGAGGAGCAAAGGAAACUAAAGCAUGUCGAGUCGAGGACUGUCCAGUGGAUGGUGGCCUAGGGGCGUGGUCCAAGUGGUCACCAUGCUCAAAGACGUGUAACACCACAGCGCUGUCACGCCGUGAGAGAAAAUGCGACAGCCCUCCUCCCAGAAAUGGCGGCAAGCCCUGCGCAGGGGAACGCGUGGAGCUGCGGAACUGCGGGACGGAACCAUGUCCGGUUGAUGGAGGCUUCUCACCGUGGUCGGAAUGGUCGCACUGCCCAAGCGUCGCUUGUGGGACUCACUUUUUCAGCAAGCGCACAAGAACGUGCACAAACCCAAUGCCAAAGUAUGGAGGCAAGAACUGCACGCAUGCGUGGAUAGAACGCAAGAGAUGCGCUCUUCCAGAUUGCCCAGUGGACGGAGGCUUUUCUGAGUGGUCUGCGUGGAGCGCAUGCCCAAGCAAGUGUAGCACCGCAGCAUACUCGCACCGCAGGCGCAGAUGCGAUAAUCCCGAGCCUAGGAAUGGCGGCAGGACAUGUGUUGGACCUGAAAUUGACGCAAAACUUUGUUGGCGAGACAACUGUCCUGGUAUAUUGCCUGUCAAUGGCGGUUUCACACCAUGGACCGCUUGGUCAAACUGCAGUCAGGAGUGCGGGCGCACAUCUAUCCGAUCACGUGAAAGGUACUGCACCAAUCCGGUGCCAGAAAACGGCGGCAAACCUUGCAAGGGUAAUCAAUUUGAGAUCAAGAUAUGCAAAUUCAAGGGGUGCAAAGUCAAUGGAAACUAUACGUCAUGGAGUGCGUGGACCGAGUGCCAGCCGUGUGGGCUUGGGGUUAGAAAGAGAGGCCGAACAUGUACCAAUCCCCCGCCGCUAAACGGUGGCAAACUUUGCGAGGGGCCUAAGCAUGAAGUUAAAGCUUGCCCUUAUGUGCCGUGCAAAGGGCAGGGAUUUAGCGAGUGGUCCGCAUACGGGCGGUGCUCUAAAACAUGUGGAGGAGGAGCAAAAAUGCGAAGAAGAGCCUGUGAAAAUCCUCAUCUCGGCUGCCAAGGGCGACACGUACAACUGAAACGCUGUAACAUGCGCAAAUGCCCAACAGGUGAUAAUUAUCUCGUGAAGGCCAAUCCAGUAAAACUUUGCGGGUUCAACCCUUGCAAAAUCACCAAAUGCCUAGAGCAUCCUGAUGCGAUGUGUGUGACAAGCUCGAAAUGCAAGCCUGUCUUUUUUGACAUCAGUGGCAAUAUUUUAGAGAAUUGUAAAGGCGAUGGUAGCAUAAUCACCUCUUCCCCAGACCUCCUCUGUCAUACGGACCCGUGCCAGACCUCUGGUUGCUACACGGACAAUGCGGCGCGAUGCGUAGUGAGCUCGCAAUGCAGGCCGGUAUUCCUGGACUUUGCCGGUAACAAACUGGAUUGUAGAGGUCUGCUUAAAGUACCACCUCACAGGGUCUGCCAAAAUGAUCCUUGCGAUAGCCAGACGUGUGCCAGCGACGCUAAAGCCAACUGCAUUGCCGACUAUUCGUGUAAACCGGUCUUUAUCACUCGAAGAAACGAGAUACUUGAUCCCAGAGACUGUAAUGAUAAAACCGGGGAUAAAAAGUCUCAGACAGAAGCCGAGCUGGGUUCUUUACUUCGUGAACUGAAGAAACCACAGAAUACCUCAGACGAGAAUGUGCCAACAGAAACGCUAGCGGCGUUUGAGGAGAAAGAUGAUAAUAAGGACACGCGUGGAGUCAGACCGGGCACGGUUCAAAGUUCACUUGUGACUAAACUGAACACUCUUAAGCGCUCAGGCAUACAGAAGCAUUCAAUACAGGGCAGAGUGCGAGGUAUUCGCAAAAAGAACAAGCAGAGACAUCACAUCAAAGGAAAAAUUCACCAUAAGAAACGUAAACGGGGUUAGAGAUUAGGUCAAAAUCUGUACUCACAUAGUGACUUAAGCACCGCCAACCCGUUGCAGGAAUUAAGAUGUUCUGGAGUUUCAUGUUAUUUAAGAAAAAACGCACUCUAGUUUACAUAAAGCAAAUCAAGAUCAUUUUAAAGCUCUCUUUUCAUAUUCGGGAUGGUGCAGUGCAACCAUUUUAAUGGUUUAAUUUGUAUAAAGUGGAAACAAUGUAUCAAUCAUAACUAACGUGAGUAGUAUUGAACAAACCAUAAUUUGGAUUUAUUAUCUUAGGAAUCAAGGCUUAUAUGGCUUUGAAGACCUUUUUAUUAGAUACCCAUUAAACAAUGUGGGUUUUACUGCACAUAGCACAACAUUCUCAAAAGUUCGUCGUUUUGUUUAAAUAUAUGUAUUGAUUAUAACAUGCCAUAAAUCACA